CCGGAAGCUGAAUGUGCCGCCAUUAUUAUUUUAGAACGUGGGUAAAUCGUAAAUAAAACAAGGAAAAGUAGUAAAUAAAUCCACAACCAUGGCUGACGCAGCGGCACGUUCACUGCAGUACGAAUACAAAGUUAAUUCCAAUCUUGUAUUGCAAGUAGAUAGAACUUUGAUUGAUAGAAGAGCUCGAGAUGAAGCUACAGGAGAGGUUAUGUCCCUUACAGGGAAACUUCUUGGCACCAAGAUGGGAGACAAAGCACAGAAAACAAAGCCCCCUCAAAUGGAAGAAAGAAAAAUAAAGAGACGUAAAAGAGAUGAAGCACAAAGAGAUAUGAUUAAAAUGAAAGGAACAACAUUACUAUCAGAAGGUCUUGACAACAUGGUGGGUAUUGUCUACAGACCUAAAACUCAAGAAACAAGACAAACAUAUGAAGUACUUCUAAGUUUUAUACAGGCAGCUAUUGGUGAUCAGCCCAGAGAUGUUCUUUGUGGAGCUGCAGAUGAAGUUCUUUCUGUACUGAAAAAUGACAGGAUGAGAGAGAAAGAAAAAAUGCGAGAAUUUGAGAAUUUAUUAGGAUCCAUUCCUGAAGAAAGAUUUGCUUUAUUAACUAAUCUUGGCAAGAAAAUAACAGAUUAUGGCCAAGAAGAAAAAAUGGCAACAUCUGAGAACAUAGAUGAAACAUAUGGUGUUAAUGUACAGUUUGAAGAAUCCGAAGAUGAGGAUGAUGCUGAUAUGUUUGGUGAAGUACAAGAAGAUGAAGAAGCUGAUGAAGGAGAAGAAGCAAAUAUAGAUGUUUCAUUACAUUCUAAUUUAAAUGAGGAGGCACAAAAAGCUGAUGGUGGUUUACAUCCAAGAGAUGUUGAUGCUUUCUGGAUUCAAAGAAAACUAAGUAAAGCUUAUCCUGAUGAUCCAAAUAUGGCUCAAACUAAAUCUAAAGAAGUUCUUGAUAUAUUAAAUAAUGCUGGUGAUGAUAGAGAAUGUGAAAAUCAGUUAGUUAUGUUACUGGGUGUUACACAGUUUGAAUUUAUUAAAAUACUUCGUAUGAACAGACAAAUGAUUCUGUAUUGUACUCUCUUGGCAUCUGCCCAGACUAAAUCAGAAAGAAAUAAGAUAGAAGAAAAGAUGAUGAGUGAUGCUGAGCUUCGACUCAUUCUAGCAACAUUACAAGAGACAGAGAGGGAUGAUAUUGUAAGUGAAGAAAGAGCUAGACGCCAACAAGCGAGACAGACUAGAGUAGCAGCUGAUAUUGAAGCUAUGGAUGUUGAUGACAAACCUGAGUUGGGACCAGUUCAGAAUUUAGAUCUUGAUGACCUGACAUUUGCACAAGGUUCACAUUUAAUGGCUAACAAAAGAUGUCAACUCCCUGAUGGUUCUUUUAGAAAACAGAGAAAAGGCUAUGAAGAAGUUCAUGUUCCAGCUCUGAAACCAAAACCAUUUGAUACCGAUGAGUCUUUAGUUCCAAUAGACAGAUUACCAAAAUAUGCACAACCUGCUUUUGAAGGAUUUAAAAGUUUAAAUAGAAUCCAGAGUCGUCUGUGUAAAGUUACCAUGGAAACUGAUCAGAAUUUAUUAUUGUGUGCACCUACUGGUGCUGGUAAAACUAACGUAGCGUUAUUAUGUAUAUUAAAAGAGAUAGGUAAACAUGUUAAUACUGAUGGUACUAUUAAUACUGAUGACUUUAAAAUUGUUUAUGUGGCACCUAUGAGAUCACUGGUACAGGAAAUGGUGGGAAAUUUUACAGAGAGAUUAAAGUCCUAUGGUAUUAAAGUAGAUGAAUUAACAGGUGAUCAUCAGUUAUCAAGAGAACAGAUUAGUGCUACACAGAUUAUUGUUUGUACACCUGAGAAAUGGGAUAUUAUAACUCGUAAAGGUGGAGAGAGAACAUAUACACAGCUUGUUAGACUGAUGAUAUUUGAUGAAAUUCAUUUAUUACAUGAUGAUCGUGGACCAGUGUUAGAAGCUCUAGUUGCCAGAACUAUUCGAAACAUAGAAACAACACAAGAAGAUGUACGAUUGGUUGGUCUCAGUGCUACUUUACCCAAUUAUGAAGAUGUAGCCACUUUCCUGAGAGUAGAUCCCAAGGAAGGUUUAUUUUUCUUUGACAAUAGUUUCCGUCCAGUACCUCUAGAACAACAGUUUAUUGGUAUAACAGAGAAAAAGGCUGUCAAACGAUUUCAACUUAUGAAUGAUAUCGUUUAUGAGAAAGUUCUGGAACACGCUGGAAAAAAUCAGGUGUUGAUAUUUGUACACUCACGUAAGGAAACAGGUAAAACAGCUAGAGCUGUAAGAGAUAUGUGUUUAGAGAAAGAUUCACUUGGUCUCUUUCUUAAAGAAGGUUCAGCAUCAACUGAGAUUUUAAGAAGAGAAGCAGAGUUGGUCAAUAAUCAUGAAUUAAAAGAUCUGCUUUCCUAUGGUUUUGCUAUACAUCAUGCUGGAAUGACAAGAGUUGACAGAACAUUGGUGGAAGAUUUGUUUGCUGAUCGUCAUAUACAAGUACUGGUAUCAACAUCUACACUAGCCUGGGGUGUUAAUCUUCCUGCUCAUACUGUUAUUAUAAAAGGUACACAGAUAUAUAAUCCCGAGAAAGGAAGAUGGGUGGAAUUAGGAGCUCUUGAUGUCAUGCAGAUGUUAGGUCGUGCUGGUCGACCACAGUAUGAUACUAAAGGUGAAGGUAUAAUGAUAACCAAUCACAGUGAAUUGCAGUAUUAUUUAUCACUCAUGAAUCAACAGUUACCAGUAGAAAGUCAGUUUAUUAGUAAACUAGCUGAUAAUUUAAAUGCUGAAAUAGUUCUAGGUACAGUACAAACAGUUAAAGAAGCAGUUGAUUGGUUAGGGUAUACCUACCUAUAUAUAAGAAUGUUACGUAACCCUACAUUAUAUGGUAUUAGUCAUGAUCAGUUAAAAGAUGAUCCAUUAUUACAACAGAGACGUAAAGAUUUAAUACAUACAGCAGCUUCUUUAUUACAUAAACAUAAUCUGUGUAGAUAUGAUAAAAAAUCUGGUAACUUACAGGUAACGGAAUUGGGGCGUAUAGCUAGUCAGUAUUAUUGUACUCAUGAUACUAUAGCAACUUACAAUCAGCUGUUGAAACCUACACUCAGUGAAAUUGAACUGUUCCGUGUCUUCUCACUCUCAUCCGAAUUCAGAAAUCUAACAGUUAGAGAGGUAUGUGGCAGUCCAUGA